CAUCUCAUUUGAGUGCUCAUGAUUUUAUAAAUAUGUAUUACAAUUUAUGUCUUUAGAAGUAAAACUUUCCAUUUCCAACUUUCUCAUUAAAGUAAAACUUUAAUUAGGAAGAAAUUACUGAGUGCACCUUUAAGAUAGCCUGUCUAUUGGGAUUUCCGUAGUGGCCGCAAUGAAUAAAUGUAAUUCUGCAAUUUGUCUGAAGUGCUCUGUAGGAGGGCAAGAAGUCCAUUUGAAUUAGACUUUACACUAAAAACACAAUGAUCUUUAGGACCGUGAGGUGUCACAUCGGUCUAUCUCUGCUCGCUGCUCGCUGCUCUCAGUCUGUGUGAAUUCCACGAUAAGAAUGGGUUCAGUCCGCGCGCACACACUGUAAUCUCACCCUGCGCGAGCGGAGCCGGCAAUUGAAUGACGGCAUAAUCUGAUGAAGUAGCAACAAUCAGGGGAAAAAACUGGAUCUUCAUGCGCACAUUCGCGGGAAUAUUCCAGCUGGCUUCAGGAUGAAGACACCGAUGCGUCAUGGAGUAGCCGUGUUUCUCGCGAUCACCAUGUGCACCAGUCUGUUCUUCGUGUACAGCGUCAGCUAUAAUAAUAGUACAACAUCCAGCGCGUCCAAAGGUGCGUCGGGUGACAAAGUGGAGCCCACCGAUGCGCCAGUCAAGACGCACCGAGCGCCGCCACCACUGCAGGGAUACAGCAGCAUCAUUGACCACAAGCCUCUGAAGAUGCACUGCAGUAGCUGCGCGCUGGUCACCAGCUCUGGUCAUUUGACUGCUGGGGGUCGAGGAAAAGAGAUCGAUCAGGCAGAGUGCGUCAUCCGAAUGAAUGACGCGCCCACAGCCCACGGUUACGGCUCGGACGUGGGUCACCGCACGAGCCUGAGGGUUAUCGCUCAUUCCAGCAUGCAGAGAGUGCUGCGCAGCCGCCAUGAACUCCUCAACUCCAGUCAGGACACGGUCUUCAUCUUCUGGGGACCCAGCAGUUACAUGCGGCGUGACGGGAAGGGUCUGGUUUAUAACAACCUGCGGCUUAUGAACCAAGUUCUGCCAAAACUGAAGGUCUACAUCAUCUCCUGGCAGAAAAUGCUACAGUUUGAUGAGCUGUUCAAAAGAGAGACAGGCAAAGACAGGAGAAUCUCUAACUCCUGGUUAAGCACAGGCUGGUUCACAAUGACUAUUGCCUUAGAGCUUUGCGACAGAAUCAAUGUAUAUGGCAUGGUGCCUCCAGAUUUCUGUAGGGAGCCUCAGCACCACUCUGUCCCAUAUCAUUACUAUGAACCGAUGGGUCCGGACGAAUGUGCCAUGUACAUCUCCCAUGAGCGUGGCCGGCGAGGCAGCCACCAUCGCUUUAUCACAGAGAAGAGGGUCUUCGCUAGCUGGGCUCGGACAUUCAACAUCCAUUUCUACCAGCCAGACUGGAGCCCUCCUCCAUUACCGAGAAACAGCUCGGUGACCACAGCCUCGCCUCGAUUGCAGAAAACGUGAUUCUAACCAGAGCCUUCAAAAGAUCUCAAACUGCCUCAAAUGACUCACAGGCUAAUUCCUGUUGCCAUGUGGAUGGAGCUUUACAUGUUCGAUUGACUGGGAGAGGGUUGAGUUUGAGAAGACUCAUGCUGGGCUUCUCACAUUCAUGGAGGACUAAAGCGUAAAUAAUUUUUUGUGCUCAUUCAUAGUUUAUUUAUGUAUGAAAGACAUUCCAACAGCCUGUGCGUGUUUCUCUGGACCAUAUCUGCGUUAUCUUGAAAUAGAAAACUCGAAUCGAAUUGAGUUCCACUGGUCAGUUUUAGUUUUAAGAAGUAUGUGAAAGAAAGGUGGGUGGGGCUUAAAUAUAAAAUUAGGCAAUGUCUGGGGCAGAGCCAGGAGCUCUGGAAUUUUCCUUGGAAAUAAUGGUGUUAAAGUCAACAUUCAACAGUGUUCGCAACCCACUUCCGUAAUGUGCCGUAUUUCAGGGAGAAACAUCUGGAAUUGACAGGAUUGUGAAAAGCUGUGAAAAGUGAAACGUCUCUAUAUGAGAGGUUGGUUGGAGGGGAGAGGUUGAAAAAUAAGAUGGAUUGGUCACAUGCAAAAAAAUUCAGAGGCAGAGCAAUUUAUUAAAUUUUGAUGAAAGAUUAUGAAGACAACCAUUUUUUCUUUUGAAUAAAGAGCACUGAUGAAUCACUCACAACAAGACAAGGAACAUGUAUAAAGAAUGUAAAUGGGGUACAUUUUGAUUUCAUAUUGAGUUUAAAUAAUACAACGAUUUUGUAAUCACAUUAGGGAGCAGGAGAUAAUAUUAGAGGAAAAAUAAAUUGGCACAAUACUGUCCAGUGUAAUAAUGACCCUUAUAAUAUGUAGACAGCUCAUUGCAGUGCAAAAUCUUUAAAAUAAAAACUCAUACUGAAAUGUAUAACAAGGCCAAUUUCAAAGUAAUUUUUUUUAUCUAUUCCCCACUGACACUUUAUUGUUGUAUUUUUAGAAAUUAGUCUUUUUAUUAUCUAUUUUGUAUGUAUUAAUGUUUUCAUUCAGUUAUUUAUUAUUGUCUUUUUUAUUUUAUUUUAUUUGCUUUAUUCUUUCAAGAUAAUUUAGCAUCUAAACACAUUGCACAUGAGAAAUCACAUAAAUGGUGCAAACGAUACUUGACUGUAAGUUUGAUUCUAAUGUUUUAACAUGAACAAUAAAAAAUAUUGUUUGUUAAACU